AUGAUUCAGGAACGGGCGAUUGGACAAUACUUUGGCUCGUUCUCAUCGGCGCAGCUCUCGAAAGCGUCAGAGGUUUUCGGAUGGCCGAUGGAUGAACUCGAGCAGCGUCUCGUUCUCUCCAUUUGCUCCGGCCAUCUUCCCGCUAAACUCGACCUCGCCAAUGCUAUCCUACGCGCUCAUCAACCCACUCCUCGCUCCCGUCUCCUCGCUAAUGUCACCUCAUCCGCUAAAAAAAUUCAGCAUGACUCAUCGGCCGCUCUCUUUCGUCUUAAGCUUAUGAGCGCUGACCUCCUCGUCCGUGAUGUCAAUCAACCUAACAUUCCCUCUCUUACCCCUUCCUCUGAACCCGUAUAUCUGUGA